CCGAACGAUAUCGCUGUGGAAACGUUUGUCAACAAAUAUGGCGGCUAAUUAAAUGGUUUCCCUUUAGAAAAUAUCGGAUUCCCGUAAUUUCAAUAACAAUGACGCUAUACAUGCCACCGUUAGCCCGUAAAAAGCGAGUACCAGAACGAUACAAUCCAGAUUCAUUCAGAGUAAUCAGUACAAAUGCAGAAGACGCUCACCCAAAAUUUCCCGGCGAUAACAAAUUCCCAGUUCCCGACCGGGAACAACUAAAACGAGGAGUAGCACUACCAGACAUUUAUAACAGAUCAACACAAGUUCUACCAAAGGAAGUACCAGAUUAUCGAGUUCACAGACCCCAUCCGAAUAGCUGUGGAUUCCUUAGACAUAAUGUUCGCGUAUUAAACGAGCCAAUUUGUAGUGUAUACACAGGCGAAACACACGAUGAGCAAAACUUAUGGUGGCCUUCACGUACAUCUGACGAACCAUUACAGAUACCUCCCAAAACAAAAGAUACAAUAUAUAGAGAAGGAUAUAUGAGGGAUUCUCCAUUUUCGGCGAAAGGAUUUACACGACAUGAAGCUAAUCCAAAUAAAAAUGCAGCUCAUGGAGUUGUUCCAGUGAAUUUUCUCGGGGCUACAGAUGGCCAGAAAAGAAUAUUUCAGGAAAAGAUAUCAUAUGAACAUCAGUAUAAUAGUCGAGCAGAUCCUAAUUAUCCAAUUAGAAAUAAAUUUCAGAAGUAUCCGCUUCGUCAUGGUAGUUUUGUUUGGGACCAAGCUUCAAAAGAACUGGCAGAUAAAUUCGUACAACAACAAAGUCAUAUAGAAAGCAUUGACAAAGCUGAAGUUAAACACUUUAAUGGUGCUACAGUAGAUAUCCAUCCUGUAUUACCCCCUCCUCAACCAACUUGUGAACCAACGUCGAAGUCACCACCCAAGUCACCACUUAAAUCACCUCCGGCCUCUACCACUCAAUCACCUAAGAGAAUUACCCCUCCUGCAACCGAAUUGGUGAGUUGUAGUGGGGAUAGUGUCUCAAAAGAAGAAAAAAAGAAUCCACAAAUUAAUAAUGGGACAACUACUUCUGUGAAUGAGUCUGGUGAAAAAUAAGAAUGUUUUAGAAUUUUAACAUUUAAAGAAAAUGUUACUUUAUUAUCACUUGUUAAGUUUUGUUAUUCUUUCUUAGUUUAUUUGACUAGCCCAAGGCUUUUAGGAAACAUGAAUAGUAUUUUGUUGUAUUUAUUCAGGGUAGAAUUACAUUUUAAAUGGUAUUAGCGAAGUAUAAAUAUCUAAAAAAAAGAUGUUAGGGUUAUUCGUUUUGCUUAGAUUUGCAUAAUAUAAAUUGCACAAAUGCAUUUAUUGUUUUGAAAAAAAGGAUUUUCUGAGGGGUUCUAAACAAAUGAAGGAAUAAAUCUACUAGAUUAUAAUAUAUGUUAUAAGCUUUUCCCCUUAUAAUAGUUCAGAUAAAGUGCAUGAAGUUUCUGUACUACUUAAAACAUGUUUUAUUUUCAAUGUUAUACGUUAAUUGACGUGGAGUUGUUCAGUUGAUUUUUUUGUUCUUCACAGUUUUUUCCAGAAUAUAUAUUUUUAAUGCAAUAUUUUACGAAUGCUGUGAUAUUGACUUUCAAAUGAAUGAAUCAUAAAAAAAGUAUUAACUUGUCAUAUUUUGUUAAUCUGUAUUUAUUUUGAUACCUUUAUAUAUUUUCAAAUGUUUUAUGCAAUUUUUAAAAUCAUUUAAUACGUCUUUAUAUAUACAUUUAGCUCGAUUUGGAGCACAUUUUUAAGUAUUAAAGGAUCAAUUGCAAAGCAAAGGAAGUUACAUUUUACAUUACAUUAAAUGUAAAAGCCCUAAGAAAAAUGAACAUAAAAUGAGUAAUAAAAACCUAUACAAAUGAAGAAGUAUAUGAAUAUAAAAUCCUUUUCACUUUUAUCUUAUGUAGAUAUUUCAAAAUGUAAAUCAUCCAAAGUUCAGAAAUAACUUGAAAUAUUCUUUUUUAUCCUUUUAAAAUCCAAGCCAAAACAUAUGUUUUUCACAUUAUUGUCAAAAGUUUUUAUAUAUUAUAAACUUUAUUUUAUAUGCAUUUCCAAGAACUGAAGUAUUAUAUGUUUUUCUUAUUGUAAUGUAUUACUUACAUGGAUUGAACAAUCUAACUGAAGACAAUUUUCAAGGUAUUAAGGACUUGAUGAAUUUAAUUAUUCCAGUCAUUAUCAUGAAGAUUGUUUGAAUAAAAAUCAGCCAUGUUAAAUUUACAUAAUUUAACAGAUAAAUUGGUUUGUAUUUGAAAAUAAUAAUGCGUUGAAUCACACUUCUUCUAUAACGAUUCUUUUCAUUUUUGUACUGAGUUUGACUGUUGUAAUAACUGCCUUUCGGUGUCACAAUCAUUGUUUGUACCGUUUAAUGUAUGUCUUAUUUGUUUCUUGGUUGAAAUGUUUGUUAAAUGUUUUGAAUAUUAUGUUUAAUUUGUAAGACUGUUAGAUAAUAUCAACACUGCUGAGAAGAACAGUACAGUUAAGUUUGCAUUUAUAUCAUGUUAUGUAUACACUAGUGUUUCACUAUGUACUGCUGUACUGUAAAAUCGAUUAGAUUUUCAUUAUAUUUGAAUUUUUAAAAAUGUACUUUUCUAGGGCUUUCAGCAAUGAUGAAUAAAAUACAUUUUUCUUGA